AUGUCUGAUCAGGAGGAAGAGUUUGAUGCUCAGAAUAUAAUUUAUUCAACAGAAGAAAGUAAUGGUGAUGAUGCUUUUGGCAUUGUCAAUAUUCCAGUUCCUUCAGAAGAUCUUCAAGAGUCAGAUCAAACUGAAGAAGGUGAAUUUGAAUUAGAACCAUUCAGUGAGGGCCAUGACACAGGUGUUAAGGAGCAGAGUGACCAGAGUUCUUCAAGACUGGAGCCAACUAAUGAAGAACAACUGAUAGAAGAGGUUUCGUCACCCAGACAAGUUUCACAUACUCCAGGAUAUGAUACAAAGCCGUAUACAGUGCAGCCAGCCAAACAGAGUCCAAGUGAUGAUACUAUGACAUUUCUGGACAAAAUAAAGGCUAUAAAGGACUCUUUGCAAACAUCAGCAAAAGAUUCCUUAGCAACAGUAAAAGUUGUACUUAUUCCUGUGGGCCAGGAAAUUACCAUGCGUUUUAAAGUUAACACUAUUUUUAAAUACCUCAAGGACCAUUUUGCACACUUAUUAGGUGUCCCACCUUAUAUACUGCAGAUAAGAUAUUCAGGAAUAAUUCUUAAAAAUAAUGAGACUCUACUGCAACAUGGUGUUAAGCCACAGGAAAUUGUACAAGUGGAAAUCUUUUCUGUCAACCCAGAUCAAUAUCCAAUCAAAAGAAUAGUUGCAUUAAAUGAAGUCUCUCAGAUCAUUACUGUUACCAUACAAACUGGCAUUGAUCAGUACCAGGAGGUAGCUGUUGAGAUUACAAAAUCUGACUUUCACAAACCAUUUCUUGGGGGAUUCAGACAUAAAAUAACAGGAAUAGAAUAUCACAAUGCUGGAACACAAACUGUACCUAAAAAGAUUCCUGAAGGAACCAAUGUAUUUUGUAGGAAUACACAGACAGUUUUUCAGAAAAAAAAGAUUCAACAAACUACAAAUACAACAUCUACACAGAUGACUAAAAUUGGUGUAUAUGUAUCAAAUAUGACUGAUAAACUUGUAAAACCAGGAAAAUAUUUUUCAGCAGCAGAAUACCAUGCUCAAAGAUUAAAGGCGGUGAUAGUGAUACAGACUUACUACAGGCAAUGGCAUGCUAAAAUCUUUGUGGAGAACUUAAGAACACAGAAAAGAUUGAGGAUGGAGUGGGAAGCACAGGAAGAACAAAGGAAGAUAAGGGAAAAAGAAGAAUGGAUGAAGUUGGAUUAUUACAGGAGGCAUAAUCCUAAAACAAAUGAAGAUUUUGAACUUCUUUAUAAUGCACUAGAACUCUGGAGGCAAGAACAACUUAUACACAUUAGCCAGUCUUUAACUGGAGCUGAAAGGAAAGCUGCUUUGUGUGAACUUCUGGAAAAAGAAACCCAGAUAAUUGCUUCCAUUGGGAGGCACAGACACAUCGCUUAUUCGGCGAGGCAGGAAACAGCAAUACAAGCUUUUCUGGAUAAGUGCUCAGCUCCGAAGAUAUGGAGAACAUCUGAUGGAAAAACAAUUGAGAUGGAUACACAGUUCACUAUCAGAGCCAGAGAGCUGCAAAACAUCUAUAAAUGCAUUAUGCUGAAAAAUAUCUCUCAAGAUGAGAGGCUGGAUGUACUCUUAACACUUAAACACACUGUGAAGGAACAUGAGUGUAAACUGACUCAGGAAAUUCUAGAAUUGAUUGACAGAGAAGUUGACCUUACGAUGAGAGGAGUAAAACAUUAUAACCUUGAAGGACUCAGAAAAAGAAUUGCAACACUCUUUUUUUAUUAUAUCAAAACACCUCUGUUUAAUCCUGAAGCUGUUAGACACCUUAAGGUCCCUCAAGACCCAUUGAAGUUUUACAAGAAGAUUUACUUCUGCCACAGUUGCCAGCUCUAUUUGCCUUCCACAGAGUUUGCAGUCUCAUCCACCUCACACCGCAUCUACCGGUGUCGUAACUGCAUUAGCCUUGAGAAUGAGGCUCAACAACGGGAAUCAUUUUUGAAGUACAAGUGUUUACUUCAACGGCUCUAUUAUACAGAAGCUGGUUAUGAAGACGAUUCUAAAAUUGCCUUCUUGAUGCAGCUACAGGAUAUUCAGUUCCUAACAGAGAAGAUCUGGGCAUCCCAGUCAGUACUCAGUGCCUCGGAUGAUCUCAAUGACCUGGUCAUGGUCAGAUGGGAUAAGUCCCUGGAGUGGUCCCCCUGGAACUGCAUUCUUCUUACCAAAGAUGAAGGGGCUGCUCAUCUCAAGCUGAAAAAUAUUGAAGAGGGAUAUGGACGUUCAUUUAUUCACAAGAUCAAACACAAACACAUUCUGGCUAAGAACUAUUUUUCUCAGAUUCCAGUGCUGGCUUCAUUUAUACUUGAUGAUGGUGAAAUAGAAGAUAUCAGGAGGAAUCAUUGCUCAGACACAACACCUAAAAUUAUAGAAAUCCAGAGGCCUUGUCCUUAG